AGCCCGGGCUUUAUGUUUGCAACUCUCUACUAUAAUUAGGUGAUUAUGUAUAGCAACGAAGAAGAUCACAAAUGAAAAAGUCAAUAUGUACGAAUUAGCAAGUAAUUUGGAAAUUUUUCUCAAAACUACCAGAUUUUUUUAAACGGCGACGAAAUAUGGACUAAAAUAUGUAGGGCAAGCUUAAUUAUCAAAGUUUAAUUUAGCACCUCAAACUCCCCAUUUAAAGUUAAAAAUAACCAUUUUUUACGCGAGUUCUCUAAGUAUAUAGAAAAGUUUUCCACAGAAAUCCGUAACGUUUUCCAGGAACUCCGUGACAGUUAUCAUAAGAACUCCAAACAAGUUAUCAUAAGAACUCCAUCCUUCGUGUAACACUUCCUCCCCCGUGUACAGUAUGUCUUUGGUUAUAAGUUAUAACUAUUAUCUAUGCGUCUCCGACCAGUACAGUAUAGAUCUAAUUCAUGUAAAAAAUGAAUUAAAAUGAAUGUUUCUUAUCUCGAUGAGAUCAGACAGGCACCUAGGAAUUUUAUCAACACAACGCAUGUAUCUGAGAUCUAAACUCCAUAAACCCUGUCUGAUCAAUAAUCUUUCGAUUUUGAUAUCAAAGAAGUAUUUGUUUGCUCCAUUCCGAACAGUGCGAGUUACUUCCCUUCAUGAUAUGUACACCAUUUGUACCUACCAAAAAACUAACACUAUAAAUCUAACAAAAUACAUAAUUUAAGUAACUCCUAGCGCAUUAUCAAGCGAAGCCACAUCAUGUAAUGUGUGUAAGUAAGUUUUUCCAUCGGUUCUGUACAGAAUCAACUGAAAACUAAAGGAUUGAGAGGGGUGCAGGGUGCAUAGCAACAAUGAUUGAAUGAACUCCAUUAGAGACAACAUGCGUAGACGGCAUCAGCUGAGCAACAUGAAUGACAUGUUUCUUUCUGUUGCUAAUGGUAACCUAAAAGGAUUGGAGAACUACUUAAAAAAUGGUGGUAAUGUGAAUCUGAAAGAUGGAAAUGGAACUACCUUGCUGCAUAAG